AUGUUUUACGACCCUCACGUGCUCAUCAAGAAGUGCUCGGUGGGCACCUUCUACCGCAUCGGUACCAAGGUCUACGAAAAGGGCCGGGAGGCGAGGGCCGCCGCGUGGGUCAGCAGCAUGGACGCCCCCCGCGCCGAUCGCAAAAAGCUCUCCAAGAAGGAGAAGGCGUGGGCGAGGGAGCACAUCAACCUGAUUUUCACCAUCGAUUACAUCAAGGCACCGAGGGUGCCGCUCGCGCUCCGCCCCUCCGCCAUGCUGCUCCGUGGGGUCGUUGAGCAGCACAAGAUGGACACCAAGAGGCUCCUCGACAAAGUGGCAAAGCUCUGGCACCAGCUGCUCGCCGACUCCGCCUCGUCCACGAGCCGCUACGUCAACCCGACCCGCCUCGCGAACAUCACACGGCCGGACGACGCGUGCGACCUCGACUUCGACCUGCCCGAGCACCUCAAUGGGCGCCCGCUCGGUGACGACGUGUCCGCGGCGGACCAGGCGGACUGGCUGCUCAACGAAGGGGGCCACUUCACGGACCUCGCAGACCCCGCCGCCGAUCCCGCCUUCCCCGCCGGCACGCUAGCCCUCCCCGGCAGCCGCAGCCGCGCCGGCAGUGCAGCGGGGCAGCCGCCAUCGCCUAUUUUCGGCGACGAACCCCCCGCCGUGCCCGCGGAGGGUCACGACGGCGCAGCACUCGGGUUCGAGUUUGAGGAGUACGACGAGGCGGACCCGACUCUCCAGCCGGCCGCCGCGACGGGGGGCGGAGCACUCGGCGGGGCGGAAGAGGAGGCGGUGGCGGGCGACCCCUCCGACGGCGGCCUUAGCGCUCACCAGGCGGCGGAGUUUUUCACGGGCGCACCGCCGCUGAUCGGGCUGGCGGACCAAGGGGAGGUCGACAUUGCUCAGCUCCCCGACCACCCGGGCCCGGCCGAAGCGGCGGGAGCACCGCCGGGCGACGUUGCGGAGGGCGAGGGCGGAGGCGAGGGGACCUCGAGGACCAAGCCCCGCCGGCCGAUGCUCAUCGACCUUCAGAUUAAGCUCGAGAACAAGUCGUCGGGAGCGACGCCUGCAGCGCUUCUGUGCGACCUCGACGCGCCCGUCGAGGAGCGGCUCCGGGGCUCCCGACGCGGCUCGACGCGGUCCGCCCGCCGGCGUGCGCCACGACCGCCGCGGGGACCGGCUGCAAAGCAGGGCCUGGCCGCCGAGUGGCUGCGCCCCGACCUGCGCCACCUUCCGAUUCUGCGCGCCUGCCCGGCGGUGAGGGAGCUCCGCAACCGCCGUGUCCAGGAGGCCCUCUCCCUCCUCUCCCUCUCCGAGCAGAACGCCGCGCAGGGCGAGGGCGGCGCGCGGCAGGACGCGGCUGAGGGCGUGACUCCGAUGGACGUCACGCCGACCGGCCCGGGCACGCCACCGCUGCCCGGAGGCGAGGGCUACGGGGAGGAGGGGGCGGAGGCCGCCGGCGACGUGCCGAUGCUGCCCUCCCCGGAGGAUCCGCGCGCCAGCCAGGGCGGUGCGGCCGAGCAGGGCGCAGCCUUCGACCCGCGCCGCGUGUCGAGCCUCGUGGGCGGGCUCGCGCCGCUCGCCGGCGAGAGCGGCGCCGGCGGGGAGGAGGGCCCUGCGGCACGGCUCCCCUCCAUGUCUUUCGGAGGGUCGCCGCCUCCAAGCUUCGCCGUCGACGCGCUCGGCGACGCGGGCAUGCAGGACGCUGCAGAGGGCGCGCCGGAGCCCUUUGGAGAUGACGAGUUUCCGUACGGGCAGGGCUUCGACCGGCUGCAGCUCGACGAGGGGGAGGACCAGCCGGAGAGCGCUAGCAGGUCCGCGGAGCUGCGCGCCGAGAUCGAGAAUGAGCUGCGCGCGGCUGCGGGAGGGCGCGUCAUCCUCAACGCAUCCCUGCUGCUCCAGCUGACAAACGUCAAGAAGCGGCGCGAUGCGGCGCUUCUGCUCUUUAACGCGCUGUCGCUCGCAUCGGCGUCCCGCGUCGACCUCGAGCAGGCGGAUGCCUACGGCGCCAUCAUCCUGACCCGCGGGCCUAAGUUCGAUGCGUGA